AUGAGCGGCUACGCCUACGAGGCCUCCGCGGCGCCGGCCGUGCCCACCAACCCCUACGAGGUCCCCUACGGCUACGACCCCGCCUCGGGCUACGGCCCCCCAGGCGCGUGCGACGCGUCGGCCUACGCCUCGCAGGGCGACGAGAUCCGCACCAUAUUCCUCACGGGCUUCCCGGACGACGUCAAGGAGCGGGAGCUGAACAACAUGCUGCGGUUCCUGCCCGGAUACCAGGCGUCGCAGAUGAACUGGAAGAACGGCCAGGUGAGCCACCGUGGCGGGUGGGGGCUGGUCGGGAGAUGCUUUGGCGCCUGGCUGCGGGUGCGCGCCGGUUUGCGGUGA